AUUGAUAAACAUUCGUUUAUUUUUUAUAUUCAUAUAGUAUUAGAAAUUUUCUCGUAUUUAAAUUAUCAACCUUGAAGUUAAAACUCACGGAUCCGUCGAUUUAUCUCUAAUAUCAACUUCAAACAAAUAUUAAAAAAAGUAUCGAAAGUGUUGACACGUGGGAGAUGAUAUAACACAAACGGUCUAAAAUCAGAAUUUUGGAACAGUUUUGAGAAGAAGAAGAAAAAAGAAAAUCAAAAGAGUUUUUAAAAAAGGAACUUUCGAAGAAAGAUCAAAGGAGAAACUGAAUUCAGAUUUGGGGACUGACACGUGGGAUGAAAAAGCGUGCAGUUUCAGCCUCCACGAGUCCAAACCUUUCUAAUUCUACCUACAAAAAUCCCUAUAAUUAUCAUGUUUUCUUCCUACUUCUUGAAAAUCACCCACCUCAGAAUUCUGGACACACUUCCAAUUCCAACCUUCUUUCUAGUUUCUUUUGUGUUUUUGUUGAUUUUUCAUCUUCAAAUUUUUAGUUCAUAGUUUACUUAAUCAAUCAUUCGUCAAAUUUCAAGCAUUUCAAUACUGAAAUCACAGAGAGAGAUGGAGAAUUGUACCUUGACUGGGUUGUUGAAGAAGGCAGCUUCUGAAUUUCCUCGCCGCCGGGCUCUCUCUGUCUCCGGAAAAUUCGACCUAACUCAUGAGCGGUUGCAGGAACUCGUCGUACAUGCCGCCGGUUGUUUGGUGGAUGUCGGAGUUAAGGCCGGCGAUGUUGUGGCCCUCACUUUCCCCAAUACUGUUGAGUAUGUGAUCAUGUUUUUGGCCGUAAUCCGAUGCCGAGCCACCGCUGCACCAUUAAACCCGGCUUACACGGCGGAGGAGUUCGAGUUUUACUUAUCGGACUCGGAAUCGAAGCUUCUCAUCACAUCGAAAGAAGGAAUUCCAUCGGCACAAACCGCUGCUACAAAGCUUAAUAUUCCUCAAGUAAAAGCGAAUCUGUCCAGUGGCAAUGAGUUUAUUGAUCUCUUUCCGUCUGCAACCGAAACGAAGUCGAAUAUUGCGGAGAUCGUUAACGAUCCGUCCGACGCCGCACUCUUCCUCCAUACCUCCGGCACCACCAGCCGGCCCAAGGGCGUGCCGCUGACUCAACAAAACCUCGCCGCCUCUGUUCAAAACAUCAAAUCGGUGUACAAGUUCUCGGAGUCCGAUUCAACCGUACUCGUUCUUCCGUUGUUCCACGUUCACGGAUUAAUGGCAGGAUUACUAUCGUCGCUAAUCGCCGGAGCCGCCGUGACUCUUCCAGCUGCCGGACGAUUCUCGGCUUCGACGUUUUGGUCCGAUAUGAUCGCCUACAACGCGACGUGGUACACUGCGGUCCCUACGAUUCACCAAAUCAUACUCGACCGCCAUUUCAGCAAGCCAGAGGCGUCGUAUCCGAAGCUCCGGUUCAUUCGCAGCUGUAGCGCGUCGUUAGCACCUUCUGUUUUGGAACGAUUGGAAACAUCACUCGGAGCUCCGGUUCUCGAGGCUUACGCGAUGACCGAAGCGUCGCAUCUAAUGGCGUCCAAUCCGUUGCCGGAGGACGGAGGACACAAAGCCGGAUCGGUAGGGAAACCGAUCGGUCAAGAAAUGGCUAUUCUGGACGAGAACGGCGUGAUGCAACCGGAAGGUGUUAAAGGAGAAGUGUGUAUUAGGGGAGCAAAUGUGACGAAGGGAUAUAAGAACAAUCCGGAAGCUAAUAAGGCAGCAUUCAUGUUCGGAUGGUUCCACACGGGCGAUGUCGGCUUCUUCGACUCCGACGGAUACUUGCAUCUCGUCGGCCGGAUCAAGGAACUCAUUAACCGAGGAGGUGAGAAGAUCUCUCCGAUUGAAGUAGACGCCGUGCUUCUAUCCCAUGCCAACAUUGCUCAGGCCGUCGCCUUCGGAGUCCCUGACGAGAAGUACGGAGAAGAGAUCAAUUGUGCCAUUAUUCCAAGGGGAGGAAGUUCGAUUGACGAAGCGGAUGUGCUGCAAUUUUGCAAGAAAAACCUAGCGUCCUUCAAGGUUCCGAAGAAGGUGUUCAUCACCGAUUAUCUGCCAAAAACUGCUAGCGGAAAGAUCCAACGCCGAUUCGUGGCGGAGCAUUUCCUUGCCGCUAAAGCUUGAUCCGAUUCAAUUUGAAAGUGCAUUUCUCACGGAUCGGCAAUAGUCUUUUAUUUUAUUUUAUUUUAUUUUUUAUAUUGGAAAGCUCAGAGAGGUUGUUAAUCUAUGCCUCUAAUCAUGUGAAGAAAUGGACGGAGUCACGAAGAUGAUGUUGAUGGGUUCGUAUAUUGUUAUGUUAUAUAUAUACGCAUUUAAAAGAAAAUAAAAAAAAAUAAAAAUAUAUAUAUAUAUAUUUUAAAAUAUUCGGAAAA